CCACCCUAGCCUCUGGAACCCCAGUCAGAUGUAGAGGAAAGAACCAGUCCAGAGGGAUUGCCUCAGACCACACUAUCUCCACUCGCUCAGACCUGUGGAAGAUUAGUGACCAUGAUUUCCAAUGGGAUAGGAACUGUCACCACUGGGAAAAGGAGCACAUGUCUUCUCCCUUUGCUGCUCAUUGGCCUCUGGGGCUGUGUGACCUGUCAUCGGAGCCCUGUGGAGGACAUCUGCACAGCCAAACCUCGGGACAUUCCUGUGAAUCCCAUGUGUAUUUACCGCUCCCCAGAGAAGAAGGCAACUGAGGGAGAGGGCUCAGAGCAGAAGAUCCCUGGGGCCACCAACCGGCGGGUCUGGGAACUGUCCAAGGCCAAUUCCCUCUUUGCCACUGCCUUCUAUCAGCAUUUGGCAGACUCCAAGAAUAACAAUGACAACAUUUUCCUGUCACCCCUGAGUAUCUCCACAGCUUUUGCUAUGACCAAGCUGGGUGCCUGUAACAACACACUCAAGCAGUUGAUGGAGGUUUUUAAGUUUGAUACCAUCUCUGAGAAAACUUCUGAUCAGAUCCACUUUUUCUUUGCUAAACUGAACUGCCGACUCUAUCGAAAAGCCAAUAAAUCCUCUGAGUUGGUAUCGGCCAACCGUCUUUUUGGAGACAAAUCCAUUACCUUCAAUGAGACCUACCAGGACAUCAGUGAGGUGGUAUAUGGGGCCAAGCUCCAGCCCCUGGACUUCAAGGGAAAUGCAGAGCAGUCCAGAUUGACUAUCAACCAAUGGAUAUCCAAUAAGACUGAAGGGCGUAUCACUGAUGUCAUUCCCCCACAAGCCAUCGAUGAGUUCACUGUCCUGGUGCUAGUCAACACCAUUUACUUCAAGGGCCUGUGGAAGUCAAAGUUCAGUCCCGAGAACACAAAGAAGGAGCUGUUCUACAAGGCUGACGGGGAGUCAUGUUCAGUACCCAUGAUGUACCAGGAAGGCAAGUUCCGCUAUCGGAGAGUGGCAGAAGGCACCCAGGUGCUCGAGUUGCCCUUCAAGGGUGAUGACAUCACCAUGGUGCUCAUCCUGCCCAAGCUGGAGAAGCCCCUGGCCAAGGUGGAACGGGAGCUCACCCCAGACAUGCUGCAGGAGUGGCUGGAUGAGCUGACAGAGACACUGCUGGUGGUCCACAUGCCCCACUUCCGCAUCGAGGACAGCUUCAGCGUGAAGGAGCAGCUGCAAGACAUGGGCCUCGAAGACCUGUUCAGUCCUGAGAAGUCCAGGCUCCCGGGUAUUGUUGCAGAAGGUCGAAACGACCUCUAUGUCUCAGAUGCAUUCCAUAAGGCAUUUCUUGAGGUAAAUGAGGAAGGCAGUGAAGCUGCAGCAAGUACCGUCAUUAGCAUCGCUGGUCGUUCGCUGAACCUGAACAGGGUGACCUUCCAGGCCAACAGGCCCUUCCUGGUUCUCAUCAGGGAAGUUGCUCUGAACACUAUCAUAUUCAUGGGCAGAGUAGCCAACCCUUGUGUUAAUUAAAAUGUUAUCCUUUGUAUUUCUUCCUAUUUUGGUUUGUGAAUACAAGUAAAAAUAAAUACAACUAUUCCCAUAUCUGACAAUUA